AUGGCAAAUGCAUCUGCCACAAAUGCAACCAAAUCUGUUAAUCCUACCAGCUCCAAUGGUAUUACAAGCUUGAAGAAACAAGUAGAUGACAUGAAAUACCUCAAAUACGACUCCAAUGGGUCCAAUAGCUUGUAUGCUAUUUUGAGACUCCACAAUAUUCCUUACUUGGUUACUAAAGGUGAUAAGAUAAUAUUACCCACCAGAAUGAAAGGUGUGAAAGUGGGAGAUCAAUUGACGUUUAACAAUGUGACAACCAUUGGAUCGCCCAAUUUCAUCUUCAAUAGUGAAAACGGAGUUAAUCCUGAUCUUUUUGAAAUCAAAGGUAGUGUGGUGGAAAUCACCAAGGAACCUUAUUAUGAAGUGUACAGAAAGAAACAGAGAUGCAGAAGAUUAAAAACCAUACCAGUUCAAAACUAUCAAACCAUUCUUAUGAUUAAUGAACUUAAAUUGAACUAA